CAGGCAGGGGCGACGGAAGAGGUCAAGGCGGUGGGACACUUUGCGCUUGUCAAAGCGGCAGUAUUGGGGCUGAUUUUUGUCCUGGCCACCUGUGGUAAUAUGUUCCUUCUGCACGCUAUGUGGAAGAAACGAAAGAGGAACACUCGGACACAUCUGUUCCUCCUGCAUCUGUGCAUAGCAGACUUGGUGGUCGCCUUCUUCCAAGUCCUGCCGCAGUUCUCCAUGGAGAUUACGCACCACUUCCGCGGCUCCGACUUCGUUUGCCGGGCGGUUAAAUACCUCCAGGUAGUAGGCAUGUUCGCUUCUACCUACAUGAUCGUAGCCAUGACCAUAGACCGAUACCACGCCGUCUGCAGACCCAUGGUUUCGUUUUUCAAGAGCUCGUUCCGGAGGUACCUGGCCAUCGGCGCGGCGUGGCUUAUCUCUCUUGCUUUCAGCACGCCACAACUUUUCAUAUUUUCUCUCCAAGAGGUGGAGGACAACCUGUACGAUUGCUGGGCUACCUUCAUAGAACCUUGGGGUGGCAAGAUCUACAUAAGCUGGAUCACCUUAUCGGUGUUCCUUCUACCAGUAACGAUACUGCUCUAUUGCCAAAUCAAAAUCUGCUUUACCAUUUAUUUCAACAUUAAAAAAAAGUCAUUGCAGGCUACCGAGAGCCAACGCCGCGCAGGCACCAAAGGGAUGUCCAGUGCAAUGCUAAAGACGGUGAAAAUGACGUUUAUUAUUAUUAUUGUUUACACCAUCUGCUGGAGCCCGUUCUUCGUGGUCCAGCUGUGGUCUGCCUGGAGUCCAAGUAACGUACCUAUAAACGGACCAGUGUUUGUUAUCAUCAUGUUGCUGGCUAGCCUAAACAGCUGCACCAAUCCCUGGAUCUACCUCUACUACAGCUAAGACAUAUUAAAGAUGACCUUCUAUGGAGAGGAAAUCCACCUCCCAGUAGACAAAGGGAUUGUUAUCCUACACAAACAACACACUGCCAAAUUAAACUACACACUAUAAACAGUUGAUCGGUCUAAGCUAAAACAGCCAUAAACAAACCUAAAACAUCAUUCAGUUUCAGUGUGCAGAGGCCAGAACUGAUAGACGAGCAGUGCCCAUGGGCUACAGGCUGGUAUCGUGCCUGGCACUGUUGUUUAAAACAUCCAUAACCUUAUUACACUCACAUCUACUGGCAGUUUGACUCGUAUUCAGGCCUAAGCUGAACCACGUGUCUGCUCCUCACAAGAGAGGAGUUUGG